GUAUGGGGACCCGAAUAAGUCAUAAUAUAAUUGUGUCAAGACUUAAUAUGACUUAAACCUGCCACAGUCAGAGAAAGACUGCUAUCUUCUCGGUCGUGACGUGAUUAAGAGUUUCGGGUUGGUCCCUGGUUCUUGUCGCUGCUACAGAAGCUAUGGUGAGGAGACACGGCUGGCAACUUCCCGCUGACACUCUUCAGAUGAUUGCGGUGACGGUGUUUUGCUUGUUGGUGGUCGCUUACUUUGCUUUCUUCGCUCCUUUUGCCGGAGGACGCGUCUGGGAAUACGUUUUGAUCGGUGUUUACUCUCCGGUGGCUCUUCUUGUAUUCGUUCUUUAUGUUCGGUGUACUGCUAUUAAUCCUGCGGAUCCAAGAAUCAUGACUCAUCCUUUAUCGGCCAGAGAUAUCUCCAGGAGUUUUAAUGAAUCUGGCAGUCAGUUGCAGUCUUGUCCUUCAGGUGUCUCAAUGAGUUCUACCUUUGCAGCAAACUCUAGUGUAGUCAGAGGUUCUGUAGGAGAUGAUGAAAGAGUGGACUCUGUUACUAGAAAAUCUUGUUAUAAUCCUCUGGCUAUGCUCUGUUGUGUGUUUGUUCUUGAUGACUGCUGGAAACAGGAAGAAGAACAGGGAAAUAGCAGAGUGGGUAUGUAUUGCAUGUUCUGCAAUUGCGAGGUACAUACGUCCAGCAAGCAUUGUAGGAGAUGUGACAAAUGUGUUGAUGGUUUUGAUCACCAUUGCAAGUGGCUUAACAAUUGUGUCGGCCGCAAAAACUACAUGAGUUUUGUGUCUCUGAUUACUGCCAGCCUUGUUUGGCUCAUUAUUGAAGCAGCAGUGGGAGUUGCAGUGAUCGUGCGUGUAUUUUCUGAUAAGAAGAGAAUGGAGACAGAAAUUGUCAAUAGACUCGGAAGUAGCUUCUCUCGAGCACCUCUUGCGGCAGUUGUUGGUGUUUGCACUGUUGUUACCAUUCCGGCAUGUUAUCAUCUGGCCCAACUUCUCUUUUUCCACACGUUGCUCAUUAAAAAGGGACUUACAACAUAUGAUUAUUUACUGGCAAUAAGAGCCAUGAGCGAGGCUCCAGCUGGAGCAUCUGUUGACGAGGAGAUUCAGAGUGUGCUCUAUUCUCCCUCCGGAUCUGCCACAACCGGCUUUAGUGGUGGAAGCUCUCUCGGGCCAUCACACAGAAAGGGAGUCUGGUGCACUCCACCUAGAGUGUUUGAUAAUCAGGAUGAAGUGAUUCCCCAACUAGGCUCUCACAUGGUCCCGUCCACCGUAGAUCCAGAGAGAGGCAUCAAGGCUCCCAAAAGAUCCGUCAAACGCAGUGCAUGGAAGCUAGCGAAGCUGGACGCAAAUGAAGCUGCGAGAGCAGCUGCCAGAGCCAGAGCAUCUUCAUCUGUCCUGAGACCAAUACACAAUCCCCAUUUACCUGAUCAUGAACUUAGUUCAGUUGCCGCCACGGUUAGUAGUGUAAGCACAGAUGCAAAUGUGGCUGCAAGGAAGGAGAUGCGGAACAAUGAUUUAAAGCCAUCUCUCUCUAGAAACUCCUUUGCUGCACCAAGCCAAAGUAGCCGGGAUGAGUAUGACGACGAGUCAGCCACACUUGCUCCUCUCCCUCAAUAUUCUACAGUAAACGGCCAUCGCUUCUCUGCAACAACAACAACCCAUCACACGCACAGAGGAAACAGCGGUGAUGCACUUUUUCUCUCUGCUCCUUCAACUUCUCUUCUGAGAGAUGUGAGGAAGACAUCAGUUGUUUGGGAUGCUGAAGCUGGGAGAUACGUAUCAUUAGCUCCUGUAACGACAAUGCCUCAAGUCCGCAAUAGGAAUCAAAGAGCCAUUCUUCCACCUCAAAGUUCAUCUUCUGUAUCAGCGCUAAAGGCUCCUCUUCCUCUGCAACAAGCUGAGAGAUCAAGACUGAUAUAUACAGGUGACUCAAUCUUCUUCGGAGGACCUCUUGUUAAUAUCCAGACUAGAAAUAACCCGAGGAGUGAAGUAAGAGAGGGACAAGAGAGAUUGGCAUCAACACAUCAUCAAGAUGCAAGAUAUAGAAGAGAUUCAACCUCACACCAGCUUCCAGUGUUUGCCCCUCCACUUUGACGUAUCUUUCCACUUGCACUUUAAUUAGCCAUUUCAAAGAGAUCAUGAUAUAAGUAAUAAAUUAUUAUGAUAAUGUAAUAUAAUCACACUUCUUUUUAAAAUUAAAAACACGGUACUAUUUAUAUA